CGAGAAUUAAGCUGCUGCGUUUCUUAGAACUGGAUUCUCAGAACUGGUGAUGCACAGAGUUUCGAGGAAACUUUUACAAGAUUGCAACAGCAUGGCCAUGACUGCAGAUGGCUGCAUUCAAUUCACACGCCAUGCAGGCGAUGUCUUGCUCAACUUCCACCGCCUGCGCAGCCGAGACAUGUUGACAGAUGUCACCGUUCAGGUGGACGGACAGCGUUUUCGUGCUCACAAGGCCAUCCUAGUGGCCUGCAGUGGCUUCUUCUAUUCAGUGUUCAUGCAACCUGAAAAUGCAAACCUUAGUGCCAUCAGCUUGGAUCCCAAAGUGGACCCCAAAGGUUUCUCUCUCCUGCUGGACUUCAUGUACAGUUCCUGCCUGAACCUUAAUGACAGUGUUGUCUUGGCGACCUUGAAAACAGCCAUCUACCUCCAGAUGGAACAUGUAGCUGACACCUGCCACAGGUUCAUGACGUCCAGGCAUCAAUCUCUGAAUAUGCACAUAGAAAAGGUACAGAAUAACUCAACAAAUCAGGCUGAUGACAUCUCUGUUGUGAGGCCUGUUGAAGAGCAAGAGACAGAUUUUAGACAUAACUACUCAUCAAGCAUGUCCCAGCUACAGGAGGGCAGGGCUUUUAUCCCCAACGUUUUCAGGGGGAUCAACACCUCUGGUUCCUAUCAUGUCUACGGUGACCUCUGUAUCCCUGCUGGAAACCUUGAAGGGUCUCAGAAGAUCAGCCACUUGCCCAGCACAGCUCACCAUGAUUCCACUUCCAACAUCUCCCACUCCACUUUCCUCUCCGCCAUCAUCCCGCCGGCAGUAGCUUACGGCAGCUUUCAAGGCCCAGCUGCACCCAUGGAUGAAGACAACAUUCAUCAUCCACAAAGUGGCCAUUUCAGAUUAUCCCCAAGCUUCAGCAAAAGUGUCAUUUGUAGCCCCCAAAGCCCCCUCAGAUCUGACUGCCAGCCAAACUCACCAACUGAGUCCAGCAGCAGCAUAAAUGCCAGCAUGGGCCUCAAACAGCCCACAGACUGUCCCAAAGAUGCCAAGGCCCGCAACUGGAAGAAAUACAAGUUCAUUGUAAUGAACCAGACCUCUGGGGAGAGUGGAAAGGAGGCUCAGGGAAGCAGUGCAGAUGUCGGAGCGGCGUCCCCCUCACCGAGCCCCUCCAGGAGCAGCGCAGCAGGUGGACACAGUGAGCUCCAGACAGACGAUGGAGACAGUGAGCACAGGGAGGAAAUAGCUUUGCAUCAGAGCAUCUGCAGCAGCAGUAGCACCUGCAGCAGCAUCAGCCCUCACAGGUGCUCCUCCUGUAACUGCGACAGCCCUGAGCGUAUGGAAGCUGGUCGCCUCUCACCGGACUUAUACAGCAGGGAUGACACUACAAAGAUGCAUGCAGAUUACUCUUCUUCUAGCUGUGAAAACAGUUACUUCUGCAAUGGGUGUGACUCCAAGUUCACAGAGGAGGAUUCCCUCAAGGACCACAUGGUUCAGGUCCACAGUGACAAGCCAUAUAAAUGUGACUGCUGCCAGGCAGCCUUCCGCUACAAGGGAAACCUGGCCAGCCACAAAACUGUUCACACCGGAGCGAAGCCAUACCACUGCAACAUUUGUGGUGCUCAGUUUAACCGACCAGCCAAUCUCAAAACCCAUAUCCGUAUUCACUCUGGAGAAAAGCCUUACAAGUGUGAGACAUGCGGCUCCCGAUUUGUCCAGGUGGCUCACCUUCGCGCACACGUGCUGAUUCAUACAGGAGAGAAACCUUAUCCCUGUGAGAUCUGUGGAACGCACUUUCGCCACCUUCAGACGCUCAAGAGCCACAUGCGUAUUCACACCGGAGAGAAGCCUUAUCAUUGUGAAAAAUGUGACCUCCACUUCAGACACAAGAGUCAGCUCAGGCUUCAUCUCCGACAGAAGCACGGUGCCGUUACUAACACCAAGGCUCAGUAUCGCCGGUCUCCCAGCAACCUGACAGCAGGCCCGGUGAACUCCUGCUGAGCUGGCUGCAGACAUGGUGUUUGUCUGACACCGACGACAACGCUGCCAAAAAAAACCCAACGACUUAAAUCUAAUAUAUGUUUGCCUUUUAUGUGCACAUUACCUAAAGUAAGCUCUUUGAUAUUUCAAAGACUGUAGUGCUUUCAUGUUGAAUGUCUACCAAACAGAAUGUACAUCUUGAAUGUGAAUUUUUUAACAGGUUUUUCUCUAUUUUUGUUAAAUAUCUGGACAGUGUCUGCACUGAAGGGCCGACCCGCUUGUCCUUCGUGCCAAGAAUCACUGUUACACUUUUGCUUCAGAUUUUUUUUGCGUGUGGUCUCACGCAGUCAUUUGCAGUUAUUUUGCAUUUGGCUGUUUCUGUAAAUAAGAUAAUAUAUAUUUUCAGAUUUGCCAUCUGCUGGCAGAGUACGAAUAUAUUUAUGUUGAAUAUGUUUUUUUUCUUACCUGCAGUAGGCUUCACUGUCAGUAACACGAGGGCUAGUUUUUUUUGCCGUCACGGUUUGUUGUACAUAGUGUAAUAUGUAGAGGUUUGUUUAAGGAUUUGCAAUGUAUUGUACAUAUUUUCCCUUUUCAAUCAUUUUUGAGGUUGAUGUUUGUAUUUUGCACAUACUGGUGAUGCUGUAAUCUAUAUAUGUUUAUACUGUUUAUUCAUAAUUUCCAUUUAAAAUGUUCUCAACAGCUCGUUAAACCCCAUUUCCAGCACUUGUGGUCUUAUUAUAUUUGUACGUUUUCUGUGGUGUUGAGAUGCAGUGAUCCACUCACAGUGGGAUCAUCAAACUUUGAUUUUUUAUAUAACCUUCACGCUUCAUACUGCACGAACCUGUAUAGCACAGUCAUAGCAUUCAUGGUAUUGGUUAUUUCUCCAGACUGAUGAUUAAUGCAUUUUAAUUGUGACAUUACGAAAGCCCCCUGGUAGUUAUCAGUUGCUUUGAUGAUGUAUUUCUAUUUUUUUGGUACUUGGUCCUGUCAUACAACACAUUGUAUGCAUAUUAAGGUACUAUUGGUUUGGAAGCUCAUAAUUGUAUAUGUGAAGCUCUUAAAAUGCAGACACCAGGCCUCAAGCUAAAACACUCAGGAAUAUUAGUGAUAUGUAAGCAAAUGUCUUUGUAACAGCAGAUUGUGCAUAUAUAAAUUCUAUUUAAAUAUAUCAUGGUAAUAAAAUGUACAUAGUA